AUGUAUGCAAUCGGAGGAAGUGCUAAUCCUACCAUCAACUCUCAAGGCAACCGUUUUCUUGCUCCUGAUGUAUCUACUAGCAAAGAGAUAACAAAGCACGAGGAUGCGCCCGAAAGUGAAUGGAGCCAUUGGAAUUGGAGAUCGGAAGGAGAUCUAAUGCUUAACGGCGCAUUCUUUACACUUUCUGGUGCUGGACCAACUAAAUCAUCAAGCUAUUCGAAAGCCUCGAGCCUAGCCGCUAGACCGUCCUCUCAUGUUGGUGACAUGACUAUAGCCUCGGGUGCACUCAGCUGCAAAAAGGGUUCCCAUUGCUGA